GGCUAACAUGAGCAGCACCGGGGAGGAGAUGGCGCCGCGGACAAACUGCAACAGGACAACCACACGAUAGUCUCCGUGUGUAAACUGAACCCGUUUUAUGAAGGGGAAGGAUUUAGUUUUCCUACGGAUGUUUAGAGUCAACCCCCCAGGGAGAGCUGCACGGCUUCACUCCAUCAUCACGCAUCAAAGCUGAAGCAAAACAAGGUCGGUGUCUGUGUGGAAAAACCUAUUUGACGACUGCGGUGGCGGGGCAGGAGUGCAGAUCUUAGGAAGAUGGCCUCGCCCUUUGUGCCCGUCCCUGUGCCCAUGGGCAGAGCCUUGUCAGGUGGUAGAACCAAGCUGAGACGGCCACAGCGAGCUUCGUCACUAGGCAGCGUCUCCAGCUGUUUGGAGGACCCCGGAAAAGGAUUGGGUUCCCCGCGUCAAUCCCGCUGCAUUGACCGGGGGGGCCGCAGCCAGACGCCACCACCCCUCCAGAGCCCUGUGACACGGGCCAGGGUUAAUGGGACUCUGGAGGCCUCUGUAGAGUUCUCCAGUUGCCCCCGCUCCAUAUCCGAUCCUGCUGGGAGCCAGCAAGACGAGGGGAGACCCAUCACCCCCACUGUGCUGGGGUAUGAAGUCAUGGAGGAGAGGGCCAAGUUCACGGUUUACAAGGUCCUGGUCAGGAAGACUCCAGAUGAGAGCUGGGUUGUUUUUAGAAGGUACGCAGACUUCUCCCGGAUCAACGAUAAGCUGAAGGAGAUGUUUCCAGGCUUCCGGCUCGCACUGCCUCCUAAGCGGUGGUUCAAAGACAACUAUGACAGUGACUUCCUCGAGGACAGACUGUUGGGACUACAGGCCUUCCUGCAAAACCUGGUUGCACAUAAAGACAUUUCUAACAGCAUGGCAGUGAGAGAGUUCCUUUGCCUGGAUGACCCACCAGGACCCUUUGAUAGUUUGGAGGAGAGCAGAGCGUUCUGUGAGACUCUGGAGGAGAGCAACUACCGUCUCCAGAAGGAGCUGGUGGAGAAGCAGAGGGAAAUCACCUCCCUGAAGAGGAGGCUGGAGGAGAGGGAGCAGGCCAUCCAGCUACUGGAGAAACACAUCAAUGGUGACUGUGUGAGUCCAGGGUCUCCGUUUGGACUUUCCGCUCAGGGCAGCGAGAGCAGUGCAGAUGCAGAGGUUGAGUCGUCCGCUGCAGAGGCUGAUCAGGACAUGACUGGCGACACUGGUGGCAGAUGUGAGGUCCAGCUGGUGAGAUCCUCUGCCUGUUGGUGCGGGCCGUCACUCAGCGCCUCUCCUCCGGUCAUCCAGGUCACCCAGCUCUACCAGCAGAAGCACUGAGGCCGACGCUGGUUUCUUCCCCCCUUUUAUUUAGUGCUCCUAGUUUGUUUUUUCUGGCCUUUUUUCAAUCUUAAUGUUCCAACCUCCCUUUCCCACCUUUCAGAUUAGAACUGCUGUUUCACAUUUCAGCUGGAUCUGAGACAGCCUUUCCAUCUAAAUCUGUGUAUAGGAUUAAAAAGGAAAAAGGAUUUCUACUGAUACAGCCUGCUCCCAUAUUAUAUUUUAUCUGGCGCCUAGAGAAGACUUUGUUCGGAAGACCUUGUACAAGAGAAGACAUAGUCCUACCCCUUCAAUGUUAAUAUUGUCUUAAACUGUGGGAGGAUUUCUCCAUACUCCCACUGUGGCCAAAAUUUGGCUUCAUGACCAAAACAAUAAGACAACUAAAGAUGAUAAGGACUCACACCACUGGAUGGUUCGAUGACUUUCACGACUAUGACAAUCUACAGAAACCCUGAACCCUCAUUUCAUCAGUUUCUGCUGACGUGCUUUGCCUUAAUGGCGACCAGAGGCCCUCGUGUCUACCCAGCGAAGCGACAUACGUCCAUGUGGCUGCAGGAGAAAGACAGUCUGAAUGAAUGAAAUGUCUCAGAAGCGUUAGUAACCAGGUGGGUAUCACAGAGGAUUGACCGCUUUCUGUUUGCUGAUACUUCCAUGUCUAUGCGUUGUACUGCCAGCAGUUGUCCCUGAUGUAGACAGACCUUUCUUAUUUUUUCAGUUUCAAUCAAACUCCUAGGAGUCGACGUUCCCUCAUAUUGUUAGUGCCAUGCAUCAUUUGUCCUGUGAGACUCUAUAACACGAUGUCCUGAGAGAAAGCCAAGGAAAUGUGGCCCAUUGUUUCUUUUUGAGGAAUGUAAUGGCUAAUGUUUACAUUAGUCAAGUCAUUUCCCAUUCACUCAUUGCUCAUACAUGCGUUUGUACAUUACCCUAAUGGUUUGCUUCUAGGCGCUGAUUAUGCCCAUUUGAGUGCUUGAAUAUUUACAACACUAGACCUCUUCUGGCGCCUUUUCUGUUAACAGAGUGGGAGUGGGCCAGGACUCGUUUCAGGUUCCUCGGGCUCUAUUGUGACACAUUUACAAAAUACACUAUUUUAAUCUUAGCCCUGCUGGAUUUUCUCCUUGCUUUAUUUGCUUAAGUUUUUCAGAUAUCUACCUCUAAAAUAUCUGCCUCUAUCCCUCAGCAGCUACUAAAUUCUUCCUAAUCAGGCUAAUCAACAGAUGGAUGUCAGUGGAAUUGCUGUUGAAUGCAAAUUACUCUGAGUAGCCAUCAGUGUGGCGGCAGAAGUUUCAGAGCUAGCUGUCUAAAAAUCCACUUGCACAUUGUAAAACUAAAACUGUCUGCAAGGCAAGACCCCCAAAGAGUACCAGAGCAAGUCUUUUUUUGGGGGUGCGGGAAAUGUUCCCAUAAAGAGACGCAGAAGAAACUUACAGUGCUGCUUAUUUACCUGAAAUAAUCCAGAGGUUACGACCUGGGCGAAACGCAAGUGGGAACGAGGAUAUUUAGAGCCAGGUUUCACAACAAAGCCUUGGGUUUGAAGACAUCAAGGCCAUUGAACCGGUAUUUUACAAAAAAAAUAACUGUCAAAUAAACAUUGAGACGUGUUGGCACUGAAUCAGUACUGAAGACUGUUACCACACCUACAUCAUCCACAGAAGCCAUAUUCUCAGACGCAAAUAAUUUUCGAGGAUUCAAAUAUUGUUGCUUGAUGUGCGCCGAAUAGUUGCUGCGUUUUGUUUUUUUUCCUCCUCUGUCUUUGAGGAUGAUUAUUGAAGUGUAUUAUUAUCACAGCUGAUGUAGAAUUAUCUCAAGGCCUCGAUCAGGUCGUGUGAUGCACUUUAUGGAUGAAUGGUGAUGCAUGAUUGCUAGGAUACGUUUUUAUUACUCAAUUUUCAUUUCGAGACAGAAAAGUGCCUUUUCUCUCACUGAGUCUGUCUCCAUUUCCAACGGAACUCUGAAUAGGUGAUUUAAUGAAUAUGAAGUUUUGUUCAUGUUUUUCUUUAUUAAUUCUAUUCAGACAUUAUAAUAUUAAGUGCCUUCGGUAUCUUUCACUUGUUUUUUGCUUCGUGCGGAUAGCUUUAUAGAUUUGUGUCGGACAGGAAAUGUGUUAAAAUGUUAAAAAUAUUGUUUUAAAUGACACCCGUAUAACGCAUUGCUAAAACAGUCUGAAUGAAGUGCUUUGUGAUAGUAAAUUAAAUAACAUGGAGUUUAGGUUCACAUAUACACCCAUAGUUGCACUAUAAAAAGAUUUAUACAAAUAACAUUUGGUAUCACUAUAAAUAGCCCUGGAUUUAACAGGAUAAUUCAAGGACAAAUCUGGUUUCAUAUUUUCACAUGCAAUUAAAAAAGAUGAAUAU